GCAGAUGUGGAUUAGUUGCAGUACUCUCAACCGUUACGCCAUCACCUUGUUGCCUUUCCUUUCGCGAAGGCAACCUUUCAGAGGCCGUGAAUUGCUUCACUUUGACUUUCUGGCUUGAAUGGGCUUAAGCUGAGUGCGCCUCUUAUCUUUGUAUCACUGCCGAGACCGUUCGGUUGCAGCGGCAAGCGAACAUCGCUGAACUAGACAUCGUUAUACGUCUCUGCGUCGUGGUGACACUGCGGCGUAUUGUCUUGCACUUUGCGUUCCUCGGGAGUGUUGCAACCUCGUCAUCUUCCAACGUUUAGAGCCAUACCGCAACCCAGCCGGAAGGCACCCACAAAACAAACCUUAAAAGUCUGUAACCCUGCUAGCCAGCUGGCUGUUCAACUCCGCCCGGUCGGCAUCAGCAACAUCCGCCCAGUACAUCCCGCUCCCAGCUUGCGUGCUUGUUGCCGCAUCCCAUCGAGCCACCGAGCAGCACACCUAGUCCUCCAAGCAGCGAAAGGCAACCGUAACCGCAGCGGCGCUCCAGGUGACAAAGCGGGUGGAGUUGACGGCAGCCCCGCUAGUCGGGGCACCAGCUGCGGCGACAACCCAGAGCCGCAGCCUCCGCCCCCCUCCGCCCCUGGAGCAGUCCCCCCAGCAACACCACCGCACUCGCCACCGCACUCGCCACCGCGCCCUCCACCGCACUCGCCACCGUGCUCACACGGCGACAGCAGCUGCACCAGUGACAGCAGCCAUACCGGUACCACCAGCAACAGCAGCAGCAGCGCCAACCCUGCUGUCAACAGCAGCAACGCACCCGCCGCUAACGUAGCCACGGCAAAGACCCCCGCAGGCGGCGGCAGCAGUAGCUGCGGCGGCGGUAGCAGCAGCGACACGGCCGACACCAGUGGUCCUGAGGGAGGCGGCAUCACCAGCGGAAAGACCAGGACCAAGAGCAACCGACGUGGGGUUCGCCAGCAGAAGGAAGGAAACAGCGGAAGCAACAACAGCAGCGAGGCGAACAGGCGGAACAGCAGCAGCGGCGGUGCACCGAAAAGCUGCUACGGUGCUGGCAGAGGCGGCGGCCGGGGCAGAGGCCGAGGCCGAGGCCGGGGCCGGGGCACGGGCAGGAUGUCUUGGACAUGUCACGGCAAGACGAACGAUGAGAUGGUCGACGCACUGAAACGUGCGGGUCUGGUUCGCUCCCCCGAGGUGGAGGCCGCCAUGCGGGCAGUGGACCGAGCGCUGUUCGUGCCGCCGCAGCAGGCCCCCUACCGCGACGCCCCGCAGCCCCUGUCCGCCGGCGCCACCAUCAGCGCCCCGCACAUGCACGCGGCCUGCCUGGAGCUGCUGGCGGAGGGGGGCAGGCUGAGGCCGGGGGCCAGGGUGUUGGAUGUAGGCAGCGGCUCCGGCUACCUGACUGCGGUGCUGGCCCACCUGGCCUGCAGGGGGGAGGGGGGCAGGGUGGUGGGUGUGGAGCACAUAGCGGAGCUGGUGGAGGGCUCCCGGGCGGCGGUGAGGCGGCUGGGCUGGGCGGCGGAGAUGAUGGCGGGCGGGCAGCUGAGGCUGGUGCAGGGUGACGGCUACGCGGGCUACCCCGAGUGUGCGCCCUACGACCUCAUCCAUGUGGGGGCCGCCGCGCCCCGCCUGCCGCCCGCCCUGCUGGCCCAGCUGGCGGGCGGGGGGCGGCUGGUGGCGCCGGUGGGGCCGGAGGGCGGGCCGCAGCAGCUGGUGGUG